UCCUGCACUUCCGCCGUGUGCCGAUGUUGAGAGUGAGUGGAGCGUUUAAAGUAUCGGACGGGGUUUGCCGUCGGCUUUCGCUGUUCUUCCACCGGUCGUCGAUACAUUGGGACCGCGCUCUCCACCGCCGUGCCUCUCAGCAGAAGGGCUUUUAUGAUCGAAUACCAUCUCUCACCCCGAGAGCGGUUCUCACUGCAGCUGUCACAAAAAGGGCAUUUGUUGCAAUCAGUCCAUCAACCUGGUGCCUUGCGAUGACAUUGGAAGCCAAGUGCCGAUUUUUAUUGCUUUAUGCCAGUGAAAAGGGACAAGCAAAAGCAAUUGCUGAAGAAAUUACCGAAAAAGCAGAUGGAAAAGGAUUUGUAGCUGAUCUACAUUGCCUGAGCCAACUGGAAGAGUUUAACCUAGAGAAAGAAGGUGCUCCAGUUGUUAUAAUUGCCUCCACGACUGGUAGUGGGGAGCUCCCAGGUACAGCAAAGAAAUUUUUCCAAGAAAUUUGUGGCAUUUCAGCACCUCAUCAUUAUGCACACAUAAAAUACACAGUAUUAGCUCUUGGAGAUUCAAGUUACACUUUUUUUGCUCAUGGUGGGAAGAUGAUUGAUGAGCAACUUCAGCGGCUUGGUGCAGAUCACUUCUAUGCAACUGGAUAUGCAGAUGAUAGUGUUGGAUUGGAAUUGGUUGUCGAUCCUUGGAUUGAUGGUCUUUGGGAUACCUUGAAGAAUGUGUGCCAGAAGCAAGAAGAAAGGAACAGUGAUGGAGAGAGAAUGCCUGAUACAAAUGAUGGUUCAAGAAUCAACAAACUUGAUGUUAACAGUCCUGGUCUUUCAACAGAAAUUCAAUUAUUGAGAUUAGAUACAAGUGUGUCAGCGGUAGCUGAAAACUCAAUUAUGACAUCUGAGAAUUUGGAACAGAACACAUUGGUGGCAGGGUCACAGGAGCAUUAUCCAGUGCCAGCCUGGGUACCGUCUGAGAAACCACUAUCAGAAGCUCCUCUGACUAUCCCUACUCUGCCAAUAGAGUAUAUAAAUGUGGAAUUUCAGAAAUAUACAGAACAGGAUUCUUCGCAAGGAUGUUUUUCCCUUGCACCAGACUUCCCUGUGUUUCAGGUACCAGUGACGAAAGCAAUUACUCUGACCCGGGAGGAUGCAGUGAAAACUGCGUUAUUCUUAGAACUUGAUAUUUCUAAUACAUCAAUAACAUAUCAGCCUGGUGAUGCUUUCAGUGUUAUAUGUCCUAAUAGUGAAAGUGAAGUGGAAUACUUAAUUCAAAGGCUUGGGCUUGGAGACAAGAGAGACCACAUUGCUGAUUUAUCCAUCCGACCAAACAGCAAGAGAAAAGGUGCACGCCUGCCUGAUUACAUACCAAAAAGGAGUACCCUGCAGUUCAUUCUGACUUGGUGCCUGGAAAUACGAGCAGUUCCUAAAAAGGCAUGUUUGCGAGCAUUAGUUGAAUACAUAUCUGACCCCAGUGAGAAACGACGAUUGCAAGAACUAAGCAGCAGACAGGGUGCAGCAGACUACAACCGCUACAUCAGAGACUUCAACGUUUGCCUGCUUGAUAUUCUUAGAUCUCUUCCAUCAUGCCAUCCACCAUUUAGCCUACUUGUAGAACAUUUACCAAAGCUGCAAGCUAGAUCUUAUUCAGCUGCAAGCUCAUCCAAAUAUUAUCCUGGGAAACUUCAUUUUGUUUUCAACAUUGUUGAGUUUCCAUCUACGCCUGUGCAGCCUAUUGCUCGGAGAGGAGUUUGCACAGGUUGGCUGGCACAGCAGGUUACAGCAGCACUUCAAAGCUAUGACAGUGAAGCUACAAUUGGCAAUUCUUUGUCAAAUAAGUUUGCACCAACACAGAUUUCUAUUUUCAGUCGGCAGAACACAUUUUUCCAUCUACCCUCUGAUACUGCAGUUCCUAUCAUCAUGGUGGGGCCUGGAACUGGCAUUGCUCCCUUCAUAGGUUUCUUGCAACACCGACAAAAACAAAGGGAGGAGUAUCCUGAGUGUACUUUUGGAGAAACUUGGCUAUUCUAUGGCUGCCGGCAUUGUGAUCGAGACUAUCUAUUUCGAAAAGAAUUGAGACAUUUUCUCAGUAAUGGUACCUUAACACAACUGAAAGUCUGUUUCUCAAGAGACACGACAGAUGGAAAACCAAAAUAUGUUCAACAUUUACUCCAGCACUUGGCUCAUGAGGUCACAAAAAUAUUGCUGAGUGAAAAUGGUUAUUUGUAUGUUUGUGGAGAUGGCAAGAAUAUGGCUAAAGAUGUGAACACUACUCUGACUGAAAUUAUAUCCGAAAAGUUGGGAGUGAAUACUCUGGAAGCUAUGAGAAUUAUAGCCAAUCUUCGUGAAGAGAAGCGCUACCUGCAGGAUGUCUGGAGUUAAAUGAUUCUUGAGAGAAGGAUUCAAAACUAAUCGUGUGUUUUUAAUCUUUUUGCAAAGACCAGAGACAUUUUUAACCUUUUAUAAAUCUAGGAAGAAAUGUUGGAAAGACACUAUUCUUUUAGGCAAAAUGAUUGGAUUUUUUUCAGCACAGCUCCAUGUGAGAGACAAUAAUUGAGGAUAAUGGUAAUGUCCCUCUUCUUGAUAAACAUUAUUCCGACAGAAGCAAAUGAUAAAAGCUUGUCAAACAUCUUUCUGUAGGAUGCUCCACCAAAUGCAGACACUACUUUUAAGAGUUGCUGUCGGUGAUUAUGUUUCUGCUCUUUGAUGGACUGUCCCAUAAAACAGCAGUUUCUCUUUCUUUGUGUAACUCUUAAUGCUACAUUUGACAAAAUCAGUGGAAGUGUAAUAUUUAUGCAAAUUUUAAGACAUGCCAUUUGAAACCUUCAUUAGUAAGGUUUAGUUAUAGGCAACGCAGAGCUAUGAUUGAAGACUCCAGCAGUUUCAGUACAUUUAUACCAUGAUAUGCAAGUUUCAUUUUUAGAAAUUCUCAGGAAUAGUCAUGGACCAUUGGUUUCCCACAUUUUACCAUCUUAUUCAUCGUGCUGUCAUUUUUCACCACCUUUAACUUGUGUACCGAAUUGUUCUUUUUCAUUCAUUUCAUAAUUUCAUUAAAAAAAACACUCAAGGACAUCACACCUUCACCACCUGGCUCAAUAUUAUCUCAGAAUCACACAUCACAGAAGCGGGGCCCUUUCAGCUCACCUCAUCCAUGCCAACUGUGAUGCUUAUCAAUGCUAAUUCCAUUUGCCUGUAUCCCUCUAUGCAUUUCCUGUCUAAGUACCUGUCCAAAUGCCUUUGAAAAGUUGUAAUGGUAUCUGCACCUACCACUUCCUCUGGCAUCUCAUUCCAGAUAACCACUACUACUCUGUAUGGGAAAAAUCUAUUCCUCUUAGGUAUCUUUUAAAUUUCUCUCCUUUCACCUUAAACCUGUGCCAUUUAGUUCUAGACUCCCUGCCCUGGAAAAAGAUUCUGACUAUAUAUCCUAUCUAUGCCCCUCAUAAUUUUAUAAACUUCUGUAAGGUCAACCCUCAGCCUUCUAUGUUCCAAUGAUAAUAAAUGCAGUCUAUCCAAACUCUUCUUAUAACUAUAGCCCCCAAUUACAGGCAAUGUCCUGGUGAACCUCUUCUGUGCUCUCUCUAUUGCUACCACACCCUUCCUGCAGUGUGGCAACCAUAACUGUACACAAUACUCCAAAUGCAGUGCAACCAAUGUUUUGGGUACUGCAACGUGAUAUCCCAACUGUUAAACUCAAUGUCUCAGCCUAUGAAGACAAGUAUACCAAAUGCUGCCUUUAUUAUCCUAUCCACCUGUGUUGCCACUUUCAGCAUGCUAUGGACUUGCACCCCAAGGUCUGUCUGUGCAUCAAUGCUCCAUUUACUCUCUUUGUCCUAUCAGAAUUUGACCUCUCAAAGUGCAUUACCUCGCACUUCUCUGGAUAAGAUUCCAUCUGCCACCACUUCGCCCAAUGUCCCACUGUAUCCUUAGAUAACCUUCUUCGCUAUUUACGAUGCCGUCAAUUUUUGUGUUAUCAGUCCAUCUAAAUUUUCAUCCAAGUCAUUUAUAAAUGUUACAAACAACAAAGAUCCCAGCACUGAUCCCUGUGGUCCAUCACUGGUUACCGAUUUCCAGUCAGAAAAACACCCAUUCACCACUACUCUCUGCUUCCUAUCACCAAGCCAAUUUUGGAUUCAGUUUGCCAGCACGCCCUGGAUUCCUUGUGCCUUAACCUUCUGGACCAGCCGGCCAAGUGGGACCUUGUCAAAUGCCUUACUGAACUCCAUGUAAACCAUGUCUACUGCUCUGACUUCAUCAAUUUUCAUAGCCACUUCCUCAAAAAACCCAAUCAGGUUUGUGGGACUUGAUCUCUCCUGCGUAAAACUAUGCUUCUCCAACAACUUCCCGAUCACUGAUGCAAGGCUCACUGGCCUGUACUUCUCAUGCUUAUCUCUACUGCCCUUGAACAAGGGGACGACAUUACUAUCUAACUUCUGUGAUCUGUGAAAUUUCUCCUAUUUCUCGUAGUGUGGUAGGAGGUCAUUUGGCCCAUUGAAUCUAUGCUGGCGCUCAUAGUAUUCCCAUCAGCCCCAUUCCUGCACUUACUUUCCUUCUCUUGCAUCAGCUCUCCACUGAUUCUCCUGCCAUGCACCUACACAAGGGGUAGUCUACAAUAACUGACUAGCAUAUGUUGGAGGAAACUGGAGCAUUUAUGGAAAUCCAUGCAGUUACAAGGAGAAUAUGCAAACUCCAUAUGGAUAGCACCAAACAUCAGAAUUAAACCCAGGUCCCUAGAGCAGUGAGGCAUCACUCUGCUACACAGUUUGUAACCUUUGUGAUCCUUGAACAAAGGAAAUAAACUUAUUUCAUUACUUUUAAAACAACUAGGCACAUGUGGAUGCAACGCCUCAUCAUAAAAUUUGAAGUUUAAAGGUCUGUUGAUUUAUAAUCAGAAUAUGAAAUUCUCUAGCUUUUGCCUCCUCCCCAGAUUUUUGUUAACAAUUUCAAUUUUAGUUCUGUGUUCCUGUGUUCCUAAGGAAGAGUUAAAGUGUUUUUGUUGAAAGAUAUGCAUUUAUGUUUGCAGGCUUUUUUUAUAUGUAUGUUAUAUUCAAAAUCUUUUAGGAUUCAGGUAGUCACCAUAUGUCAAGUUUUGCAUGUGAAUAUUUGAAAGUUACAUUGCAGUCAUGAAGGAAGUUGGGCAAAAAGCUUGAUGAGCUCAAGAAAAAUUUACAUGAAUAGGAACAUUUUUACUGAUUAGAAAUGAAAUAGCAAUACAUAGUCUACAGAAGCAAUUCAGGAUUCAAAUUGAUAUCACAGCCUGGAAUUUGCAUUCAUUAGUUAAAGAACAGCUACCCACAUAAUGUAAACUGGCUUUUCAGCAGCAAUGUCAUUUUGCCUUCUGUGGAAAAGAUCUGAUAUGCAUGAGCAGGUGAAGACACAAUGUGGCUCUUCAGCCAGUCUACACUGAGAAAUCUUCACUGAGUCGCACGUGUAGGAAUUGGAUCACCUGGUGCUAUCAUCUUUUUCAGGGCUGUAGAUCCCAAUUUGUGGGGAAUUUGAAUUGUGACUUGCAAUUGCUGUAUUAUGAUUCUGUAUACGAGUAGUAUGCAAAGAAGGCUGCAAUCCAUACUCUGUUGAUGCUUGCCCUCCAGGUUUGAGGUGGGUCUACACACCUUGCUCACUAUGACCGACCACGGCACACAGGAAACCAGGUUUGGACAGCAGGAAUAACCUGGUGAAUAGUUGGAGGAGAACCAUUGCACUCACUGAAAAUUGAAAAGUUGAGCUGCAAGUAUUGCUCUGAUUUGUACAGAAAAUGGAGGUGAGGUUUCCCUUUGAUAAUACCAGGGUGGUUUUGCUCCCUCUGGGCUUUCAGCAUGACCAGGAACAGGAGGAGUGGGCUCAAAAGUAAGGCCACUGCUCCAGUGACUGCAGUGAAGUGAGGGGGAGAAGAGCUCUGGCCUGAAGAAUCUAUCCAAUAAUACUUCUAUCUCCACCCACUCUUGUGCCCGUCUAUUUAGAGGAUGGGAUGUUCAAAGGAAGCAGUUAUUGUAGUCUACAAGCUGCUGUAGUGACUGCAUCGCCUGUCACCUUGAAGCCCACAGUUUACCUAAACUCCUUAGUCUCCAGAUCAUUGCGGGCUAAUUUAUUCCACAUUUCAGUUUGCAACCCGCAUUUUCCAGUGGAAUUUGAAGCUCAUGGCUGCAGACUUGAAGCCAGAAAGGAUAAAUUAGAUUUAAGCAUGUGCAGAAAGUGAGAUAGAGAGGGCAACAAUGGUUGAAUUAAGAGAGAGAAAUAAGAUGGAAAAAAAUGAUAUUUUGUAUUUCAAGCAGUAAUUAAAUUCUGAAGGAAUGAGACUCAUUGCCAGAGUGGUUGAUCAGCAAUAAUUAACACUUAACCAUGCUAUGAACAAUACCCGUUCACCUGUAUGGUCAAAUGAUUUCCCAACAGCUAAUCAUUGAUGUUUCACACUUUUAUUCAAGGUUUUUCAGCCUAUAGCAAGAUAAAAAGCUCCCCAAUAAUCUUGGAUAAUUUGUUGAGUGAAAACUUCACAAAAAAUCUGACAUAUUUUACAUUUGUUCCUUAACCUGGUAAAAGGUGCAUUACAUGGGACAUUGAAGUCUAGAAACAUCUCCAAGAUAAGGCAAGGCUGAUAGGAUGGAAAUAAAUGCCUGAAGUAUUGCUGAGGGAGAGGAGAAAAUUUAAUUGCCUAAAAAAAAUCUUAUUUUUUUAAAGUUUUGUUCAAGUUCCAGAGUUAUGGGAAAAGAUGAAAAUAUUAUAAAGUUGCAAAUUUGCAUUAAUGUGAAAAAUAUUUAACAUUCAAAAAAUUUAUAGACAUUUAAAACUAACAAAUCAUGUAAAUGCAAGGUAAAUAAAAAUUAUCCAAUCCUUGGAUAUUACAUUGCCAUUUAUAAGAUUUUAUUCCAUAAUCAUCUUCUGGUACCGUAAUUAAAAUUUGAGAACUGGCAAAAGAGAUCCUUGCAUCCUUCUAACCCAAAGCUCUAAAAUUUUCUGGCAAUUGAUGGGCAGUUUGUCCUAGCUCUUUGUUUCCAUAGGCUCUGUUAAUUUUAACAUCUGAUUAUUUUUUCCCCCCACUCCACCACUCGCUCUCAGCAUAUGGGGGAGCGCUGAGUCUCUGACGGCAUCGGGAUCUCAGCUACAUGGACAGAGAUCCUACAUUGGUGUCAGCUGCAUGGUACAAUGAUGGCAAACGAUGACUGCCCCUCCAUCAUUACAGCCAUAGAAUUAUGAAUCUAUUAAGAUAUUGGCACAGCAGCCCAGAGUAGAACAACAACCCACCUUCUGGAUUUUCACAUUUAACUCUGUAUAAUUGGACUACAGAAGUUACUGUUCUACUUACUCCAUUACAAUUAGUGCACUACUUAUCCUUACCAUUAUUCUCAAUCCAAACUACAGCAUUUUCAUAAACUUGCUU